UUUAUAAUUGAACGUUUCCCUCGCUUUUGGAUUUCUGUUCGUUAUUUCCCUUUCUCUCACAAACUCAUCCUUCCCAAUCCGAAUCCCUCUCUCAAUUUACAGCUCACAAAUUGAUCGACGAUUUCUUCACUUUGAAGUUAAGGUUUUGUCUCUUUGAAGUGAUAACUGGGCAUCAUUGAUACCAAGAAGAUAGUAAAGUUUCAAUCUUUUUGUUAUUUGAAGAAAAGUAAUUAUGGUGAGGAUCAGAGGAGGAGAGCAGAGGAAACGUGUUGAUGAGAAAAGUGUUGAUGUUCCUGUGUUGGUUGUUGGAACCAAGUCUUCGCCAGCUCUUUCUGAUGCUCAAACUCCAAAACCUAUCAAUCAUGUUGAGAAGCUUUCUGUGCCUAGUGUUGGUCAGGUUGCUCCUAGAGCUCCUUCUGUUCAGAAAUCAAACGGUUCUGGAAACUUCAAUCUGAAGAAUAAGAUGCCAUCACCGCGCUCUCGAAAGCCAGGCCCCAAGCGCAACAGAAACACAAAUGGCACGCCUCACUUUCCUGUGGCGACGAUGCCUUAUCCUAAUGGCGAGAAUCCUAAGCAUGUAUCCCCGGCAGCAGCAGGACAAGGUUUUACUCCACCUGCUCAUGCCAUUGAUGCCAAACAUGUUCAGCCUCCGGUGCAAGAAGAUCUGAAUGCUUAUGCUGUUAAUUAUCCAAAUGGAAGGCCAAAUAUCCAAGAACAAGGUGACCAUGUGAAUCAUGGUCGGCAUCAUCAAAGACCUUUUCCUGCCAAGGCAAACAUGCCUAUGCAACACAAAAGCAUGGAAGGAAGAAAAAGUAUACAAUCAUCCCUCCUUCAAAUUGAUUUAAAUGAGUCGGCUUCAGCCCAAGAUCCCUCUGAGCAUAGCAUGGAACAACAACAGGAGAAAACUGGCACCAAUAUCGAUGAGUCAGGUCAUGCCGUUGCAAUUCUAAACUCUAAUGAUAAUAGCGUCGAAACUCUAAACUCUAACGAAAAUAACUUAAUUCAAGCUGAGUCAGUACCAGAAGAAAGUCAUGCCCCAAGGAAAGGGCAUUGGACAGAAGAUGAACACAAGUUGUUUUUGAAGGGGCUGAAAAAACAUGGAAAGGGAUGCUGGAAAGAUAUUUCAAAAGAAUUCGUGGUGACAAAAACUCCAACUCAAAUUGCUAGCCAUGCCCAAAAAUACUUUAUCCACCAAAAUGUGAAAGAUAUAGAGAAGAAGGAGAAAAAGAGAAAAAGUAUUCACGACACAACCUUAAACAAGAAUGACACAUUGGUUACUGUCGCUGUUGAACAGCGAGAUGAGAUUCCUUCAGUUGAGCUACAAAGUGUGAUUCCUCCUCAAGGAAUGCAACAGACACAAACACAACAGAAUGAGAUUUCUCCUAUGUUGUGCUUGCUGCCAAUCAGUUCUACAAUUCCUUCGGUUCAGCAACAAAAUGAGCUUACUCCUGUAGUCACUGCUCCUAUGGAACAACAACAUGAGACUCCUGCCAUCUUAAACAACAAGGACAAUGAAAACUUGCAAACCCAGUUGGUGUUGCUUUAUCCAAUCGGUUCUACACUUCCUGAUAUGAACAAACUUGAGAAGAUGUGCAACUUGUUGGCAAAAGAACUUUGAAUUAGAGGAGUUGUUUUGCAUGAGGGCAGUUUGAUCUUUAGAUAGGUGUCUUUCUUGUUUGAGCUGCUUGUUUUGGUGUAUCAUAGGAGCUAUGUAUGAUAUUGAGUGCAUUGUGAGCAAAUAAUAAUUGAUAAAAUUAACUCUUUUCUGAUGGGGUUUAUUGCUACCAAAAUUUUGCAUAUGUUUUUAGCUUGGUUCCUAUGAGUUUAUUGAUAAUAGGGCUGAACAAACUAUCUUGCAUCGGACUUUCCUAUAAAUGGUAUGUCCUGUUUGCCGUAUUUGUCAAUUAUCAGAACAUAAGGGAUCGAAAGGUUCACGGUGAAUGUGCUGGCAAACUAAAUCAAAUGGAGCUUGAUGUUGAUGAGGCGUGAACAAAUUUCUACAUGGUAGCUUUGUGAUCUUCGUUUUCACCUUGAAAAAGCUGG